AAGGAAGACAGACCUAUGAAAAUAUGCAAGCCUGUUUCAUUUAUUUGUAUCCUAAGCAGCAGUGUCAUAGAACAGACAGGUUGUUUCAGCCAACCAGACGGGAGCAGCUGCGAGUGUUACAUCUUGGCAGUCCGAAGCGAUUGGCUCCUCUCUGGGGAGUGGAGGGUGUUCAGUUAUUAAUGACCGCUGAGCAGGCAGCACCAUGUCAGUGUGACAACUGAUCGGGUGAACGAUGCACCACUAACCACCAUGGAAACAAGGAGAAAUAAAGCUAGCUCGCCGGAUCUCUCUUCAUUGGAUUGAGAGCCUCAGCCUGCGACUGAGAGAGUUCCGGGAGAAAAAGAAGGAAUCCCACGGCCGUCUCGUGCCUGCCUUUACAUUUUAAAAUGCAAAGCUAAGCUUGCUUGCGUGUGUGCAUAUCUAUAGUACACAUUCGUGUAUACUUGAUUACACACACACACACACAUAUGCACCUAUUUCCACCCAGGCAAGAGCACAACCAUGUGAUUAUCGCAACUAAGGGACUGAGGGAUCCAGCAGGCAGAGACACAGAAGGAGGUGUUCCACAGAAACUGCUUUUGCAAGCACAGCUCCCUCUUUCACUGUAAGUCAACUGGACCGUGCAGCAAGUCUUCUGCUAUUUCUUCCUUGAGAAACUGAGAGUCUGUUAGCAUCAUGCUGCUAUUCCUGCAAGAGAUGAACAAGCAUGGGAUUUGAAUGCUAUAGUCCUAAAUAAAUGAAUCACUCAAUUUCCUGUGAACAUCAAUACAUACUUCAUCUUCAAAAAGUAUCUCAAUACCCUAUCAUUAAGGAGAUAGUGACUUUCUUUUUUCCAAUAUGCAUGACAUUUUUGGACACUGUAAUUGUGGUACUGGCACUUCUUUUCAUGAAGAAAAACUCUGCAGUUCUAUGGCAUUCAUCAUUUGACAAAUGCAACUAUUUUCCUUAUCAAUCAGCUCUCACUGAACUUGCUGGCAGUGACUGUGGAAUCCUUAAGGACCCAUUUAGUAUCUGAAGAAAAAAGCUAAGAUGAAGGACAUGCCACUCCGAAUUCAUGUGCUACUUGGCCUAGCUAUCACUACACUAGUACAAGCUGUAGAUAAAAAAGCAGAUUGCCCACAAUUAUGUACUUGUGAAAUCAGGCCUUGGUUUACACCCAGAUCCACUUAUAUGGAAGCAUCCACUGUGGACUGUAAUGAUUUGGGUCUUUUAAAUUUCCCAGCCAGAUUGCCCGCUGACACACAGAUUCUGCUCCUACAGACCAAUAAUAUUGCAAGAAUUGAAUACGCCACAGACUUUCCAGUAAACCUCACUGGCCUGGACUUAUCUCAAAAUAAUUUAUCUUCUGUCACCAAUAUUAAUGUAAAAAAGAUGCCUCAGCUGCUUUCUGUGUACCUAGAGGAAAACAAACUUACUGAGCUGCCUGAAAAAUGUCUGUCUGGACUGAGCAACUUACAAGAACUCUAUAUCAAUCACAACUUGCUUUCUACAAUUUCACCUGGAGCCUUUAUUGGCCUUCAAAAUCUUCUUCGACUUCAUCUCAAUUCAAAUAGAUUGCAGAUGAUUAACAGUAAGUGGUUUGAUGCUCUUCCCAAUCUGGAGAUUCUGAUGAUUGGGGAAAAUCCAAUCAUUAGAAUCAAAGACAUGAACUUUAAGCCUCUUAUCAAUCUUCGCAGUCUAGUUAUUGCUGGUAUAAAUCUCACAGAAAUACCAGAUAAUGCCUUGGUUGGACUUGAAAACUUAGAAAGCAUCUCUUUUUAUGACAAUAGGCUCAUUAAAGUACCCCAUGCUGCUCUUCAAAAAGUUGUAAACCUCAAAUUUUUGGAUUUAAAUAAAAAUCCUAUUAAUAGAAUACGAAGAGGAGAUUUUAGCAAUAUGCUGCACCUGAAAGAGUUAGGGAUAAAUAAUAUGCCUGAGCUGGUCUCCAUAGAUGGUCUUGCUGUGGAUAACUUGCCAGAUUUAAGAAAAAUCGAAGCUACUAACAACCCUAGAUUAUCUUACAUUCACCCUAAUGCGUUUUUCAGAUUACCUAAACUGGAAUCACUCAUGCUUAACAGUAAUGCUCUGAGUGCCCUUUACCAUGGUACAAUUGAGUCUCUGCCAAAUCUCAAGGAAAUAAGCAUCCACAGCAAUCCGAUCAGGUGUGAUUGUGUCAUUCGCUGGAUUAACAUGAACAAAACCAAUAUUCGAUUUAUGGAGCCAGAUUCGCUGUUUUGCGUGGACCCACCUGAAUUCCAAGGCCAGAAUGUCCGGCAAGUGCAUUUCAGGGAAAUGAUGGAAAUUUGCAUCCCCCUCAUAGCGCCUGAGAGUUUUCCUUCCAAUCUGGAUCUCGAAGCUGGCAGCUAUGUCUCUUUACACUGCAGAGCUACUGCGGAGCCACAGCCUGAAAUCUACUGGAUAACACCUUCGGGGCAAAAACUCUUGCCUAAUACUCUCAAAGACAAAUUCUAUGUCCAUUCUGAAGGCACACUCGAUAUAAGUGGCAUAGCCCCAACAGAAGGGGGGUUAUACACCUGCAUAGCCACUAACCUGGUAGGUGCUGACUUGAAGUCUGUUAUGAUCAAAGUGGACGGCUCAUUUCCCCAGGAUAACAAUGGAUCGCUGAAUAUUAAGAUAAAGGAUGUUCAGGCCAACUCAGUUCUGGUGUCAUGGAAAUCAAGUUCGAAAAUUCUCAAGUCCAGUGUUAGGUGGACGGCAUUUGUCAAAACUGAAAAUUCCCAUGCUGCCCAAAGUGCUCGAAUACCAUCUGAUGUCAAGGUAUAUAAUCUUACGCAUCUGAACCCAUCAACCGAGUAUAAAAUUUGCAUUGACAUCCCCACAAUCUAUCAAAAACACAGAAGACAAUGUGUAAACGUCACCACAAAAAGUUUGGAUACUGCUCAAAGAGGAUACGAAAAGGGUAAUACCACGUUCAUGGCCUGCCUUGGAGGCUUUUUGGGAAUUAUUGGUGUGAUGUGUCUUUUCACCUGCCUCUCUCAAGAAAUGAACUGUGAAGGAGGACAUAGGAAUGAGAGGAACUACUUACAAAAACCAACGUUUGCAUUCAGUGAGCUUUAUCCUCCACUGAUAAACCUGUGGGAAGCCAGCAAGGAAAAGAGUACAGCAUUGGAAGUGAAAGCGACUGUUAUAGGUGUGCCGGCAAAUGUAUCCUAAAACCAACCAAUAAACCUACUUCAAAGGAAAGCUGAAGACUCAGUGUGCUUAAAAGGAAGAAAAAUAUUACUUUCUGGAAAGAAGUUUAAGCUUCACCAAUGCUGCUCCUGACCAAUGGAAAUAUGUACAAGUUCAGCAUUUCAAUUAACUGGCUUCAAAGGGUACUGUGGCAACCAAAUAAAAUAAUUUCAUUUUCUAAAACUUUCAUGUAACUUUUAUGUCUGGAAUACAGUUAAAGUGGACAAUGACAUUUCUGUAUUUUUUUUAACGUAUAUAAGAGUAGUUGAACUGAGCAAUACCUCCUGUGUUGUAUUACACAUAUUAGCCACGAGUUUUUUGCAGUGAAAAGAUAAAUUUGAAUUGACACGUGGUGUAAUAAAAUGGGCAAAUUCUGUAGAGUAGACACAGUGAGUAUGUGGACUUCUUUUAUAAGGAAAAAUACAUUUUGGAUUAAAAUAAAUUGCUUUUGUCUUGUUUUUGUUUCUAAAUAAAGAAUAAUUUCUGGGAAAUGU